ACCUGGGAACAUCGUGAUUUCCUUUUUUCACGAGUUUUUGCUAAUGCUUAUAAAAAUGUAUUUUGGAAUUACAACUGUAUAUGUGCAUUUGUAUAUAACUGUUGUUGAGCUUGGGUACGAUAACUUGCAAUGAUUAUGUACGUCAUCUUCAAGACCCAUACAGCACAGAAUGUUUCAGAAAGCUUUUAGAAAGGUUGAAAUAGUAUUGAAAGCAAGGUUUCUGAAAGAUCCUGAACAUUCUGUAGCUUUUUGAAAAAUUCUGUGCUGUAUGCGGAAUAACAAUCAUUUUAUAAUUCUCUUUGGGAUUGCCAUACGAUAUUCUGUAAUAUAAAAUUAAAGAAAUAUGUAAAAGCACAAAUACAUAUAGUUGUGUUAAAUCAAAACUGUAACCGUUGUUUUUCAAUUGCUGCACUCAUAAGUUUUAAAUAUUUUAUUUUAUUAUAAUAAAAAUUUAAAUAUAUUUUUAAUUUUAAUUUGUAUAUUUUAUGAAUACAACUUUCAUUCACAGUUUCUCUAUUUUGAUCCUGAAAAUAAAAAAAUUAAAAUUAAAAUUUCGCACUACGAUUCAUUAUUAAGGGGUGCCUUGAGUGCUCGGAAAUGGUGUAAGGGAUGGAAUAAACAAUAAUGGAAUUUUACGUCAAAUUUUUGGAACAUACAUUUUUAUACUUUGUUCAACAAGAGACUGUAGCACCUCCGCGCAUAGGCGGGCCAAGUGGGGAGGACAUGACGCUCAGAGGGGCCCGAUACCACUCGUUACUGACUCUGGUAAGCUGUAUGAGCAAUAUAGCGGUGUAGAAGGGGGCUUUCUUUAGACGAGUUUUCGUCCGAGGGUGCUACAGUCUCUCGUUGAACGAAGUAUAAGUAGUUUCUUUACAGGAAUAUUCUUCCUUACGUUUGCUGCCGGAUGAAUCAAUACAAUUACAAUUCGCCUUGGAAUAAUACCUAACAUAAUUAUUGAAAUAUAAUGACACGAUUUGGAAGACUAAAUACCUGUUAAAAUUUUAAAAUAAGCAUUUGAAAUUUUUGUAUUUUUUUGUAAAUUUUUGUGAAUUCUAUUUACGAGAGAUUUCAAACAUUUAUUUUGAAAUUUUGACAUAUUUCUAAUUGCCAAAUCAUGUCGCUAUUUCAAUAAUUAUUUUGCGUAUUAUUCGAAAGCGGGUCAUAAUAUUGAUUGUUACAUUGAUUCACCCGUGCAGUGAUAUAUAUAUUUUAUUUUUAAUUAGCCAUUUUGUUAAUAAAGUACUAAACAUUUAAAAAAUUUUAAUCGUCUCAUUAUAUAUGUUACUAAACUAAAGUUACCAGUAAAAAUUGUUUUGAUACUCACUUUUUAUGGUUGCAACACGUCCACUUGUUUAUUGAUAAAAAUGUCAAGUGCAUGAUGUAAUUCAAUUCAAUUACACAAUAAAUUCCAUGGUACAAAAUGCGAAAAAGUAUUUGGAAUAUCUCUGAGAAACAGAUCCGUAGACUUGCAGAACAAAAAGCGAAUAUGAUAAUAGAUUCACAUUUUGAAUCACUUCCGAAUGAGAAACCGCAAUAUAGUUCUACUGUUGUAAACUGCGAACAAACAGGCAAACAAGUACUGACAGAUAUGGAAAUAGAUAAAUGUGGAGCUAUGGAAGAGGAAGAAGAGCAUAAUAAUCGGGACGUUGAAGAAUGGGAUAAGGUGGAAGAGAAGAAACAGGAGGAAGAAAUUGAAGAAGAAAAAUGGGAAUAUGAAGAAAUGACGGCUGAUGAAGAUCACAGAAUUAACGAAGUGAAUGAAGACCUUGCACAAGAUACAUUAACUGAGGAUGAAAGUGAUGACAAUAUUCGAGAACGAGAUAAUUUAAAAGAAUUUGCAAAUUGGUCAGUUCAGUUUAAUAUCUCACACGUCGCAUUGAAACCACUGCUAAAAAAAUUGAAAGAAUAUCCUGUUCACGAAAAUUUGCCUUUGGAUCCGCGAUCAUUGUUAAGUACGCCAAGAAAUAUAAAAAUAAGAAAUGUCCUUCCUGGAAAAUAUUGCCAUGUAGGCUUAUUAAAGGGGAUAAAAUCUAUUGUAUCUCGUAUGUCAACUAUGCCGGAAGGUCUCAUCAAAAUAUCUAUCAAUAUCGACGGUUUGCCAUUGUCAAAGUCAUCGCAGAAACAGCUGUGGCCUAUAUUGGGAUCCGUGAAACCAUUCAAAAAUGUUUUUGUAAUUGGCAUAUGUUACGGAGAAGAAAAACCAAAGGAUGUCAAUAAUUUCUUAAAGAAUUUUGUGACGGAAGCAAAACAUCUGUGCACGGAAGGAAUAUGUAUUAAAGGUAUCCAAUUGCAAUGUACUAUUGACUCAUUAAUCUGCGACAUGCCCGCAAAAUCAUUUGUUUUGUGCACAAAAGGGCACUCAGGAUAUUCAAGCUGUUCUUCUUGCAUUGUCGAAUAUAUUAAUGGAAGAGUGUGUUUUCCACAAAUCCGUGCUAAUAAAAGAACAGAUGAUGAUUUUAGAAACAAAGUCGACAACGAAUACCACAAUCCCGGAAUUACCAGUUGUUUAGUCGAAAUUCCUGGUUUUGGUCCAGUAACAAACGUGCCAACUGACCCAAUGCAUCUAUUGUAUUUAGGUAUCAUGCGCAGAAUGCUCUACCUAUUAAUAAACGGCGACUUGCAAUAUCGGCUUCCAAAUGUCAAAGUCGAGCGAAUAUCUUCUCAUUUAAAUGAGAUUACACCGUACAUUCCUGUUGAAUUUGCGAGAAAGCCGAGAUCACUAAAGUUUAUAAAAUUGUGGAAAGCUACUGAAUUCCGACAAAUUUUAUUGUAUAUAGGACCAGUAGCAUUACGAUUAUUACGUCGUGACAUUUACAAUCACUUUGUGACAUUGCACGUGGCAGUGAGAAUUAUAAGCGAUGAAAAAUUACACGAUUUAUUAGAUUACGCACAAGAACUUAUGGAACAUUUUAUUUCAUCUUUUCAGUUGCUGUAUGGGGCUCACAAUAUAUCGUCAAAUAUUCAUCAGGCUGAGCAUCUCAUUUCAUAUAUUAAGAAAUUUGGUCCCAUUCAGCAUUUUAGUGCAUUUAUUUACUAGAAAAUCAUAUGCAAACGUUUAAAAAACUACUAAGAAAUCUAAUCAACCUCUACAACAAAUUGUACAAAGAUGUGCUGAACAAGAAAAAAAUCAAUCAGUACUUGCACCACUGAUACCGCAGACUGUUGAAUUUUCUCUAAAUAUUGAAUCUGUUCAUACCGAUGGACCGCUUUUGUUCGGUUGUACUGAUCCGCUUUAUAAAGUGAUAAAUCGUCAAGUAUGAGUUUACGUGCUCGUUCUUGUGCGGAUAACUGUUGCAGUUUAAAUGACGGGACUAUUAUUUUGAUACAAAAUAUUGCAUAUUGCUCACAACGAAAAAUUCCAGUAAUCAUUGGCAAUGAAUUUAAAAAAAAGAGAAUCUAUUUUCGGUACCUUGUGAUUCUGCUAUUCUCGGUAUCUUUUUGGUUCAUAAUUUGUCGGAGUUGAAUUCGUGGCCACUAAGAAAUGUUGAUAAGAAAUAUAUGAAAUUGCCAUAUUUAGAUAAUAAAUUUGCAGUACUGCCACUGUUACAUUUAGAUUAAAAUGAUUAAAACUGUAAUGUCGCAAUUUAGAUAAUGACGGAUUUGGAGAACUAUGUUAUCGUCGAAUUUGACGAUGGUAUUCAAAUAAUACCAAACUUGUGGAUUAACAGUGAUGCGUCUAAAGCCCGAUGGCCAACAUUCACGUCGCAAAAACGCUAUGAUAAAGCAGUCAGAUUGAUGGAAGACUGUCAGGACUUUUGGCUCGAAGUUCCAAUUAAAAGAAUUUUAGGCAGCACGGCAUCGUACGAGAAAGCUAGGGAAAAAUUAACAGAUGCCGAAAUUUUCUCGGAUGUGCCAACUGGUUCUGACAGGGACGAAAUGUUAAAACGAACCAGAAAAAUGAGAAAAAUGAAUCGUCAGAAGAUGACAAUGUCAUAGAAGUUCCUCCGUUUCCUAUAGUUCCAAAAAAAAAUUUACAAAAAAAA